GUGGCAGUAUUGGACUUUUCCCAGUUGUCAGUGUGCGACCCGUGCUACAGAGUGUUGUUUUACAAACGCGCUGUCAUUUGUUUCUCACACUGUACGAAAGACUAAACCUAUCUGACUGGCUUGAUUCAUUUUCUGGGGCUCGCUAACAAGGAUGAGGAGCUAGCUAGCUAGACCAGUCCAUUUUGGCCUGUCAGAUAGAUGUCUUUUAGUUGUCUGAUGUGAAAUUCUGUAUGAAAACGAUUUCAUUUGGGUUAUUGAGCGAAUUAAAACAUAUCUAUGAAAACGUGGUGACACCUGCAUCGUCAUAUUCAUUUCAACAUCGCUAUUUAAUCUAACUAGCCACCUAGCUGAAGCGAUGAUUGUUUGGAACUAACCCGUUCCUUUAGAGGGUAAUGCUAAUACGGUGCUGCAGUGAUCUUGCCGUUGUAAUGGGUCCAAUCUCAAUAAGUAUCGUCUGAAGAAGCUCUGAAGUCUCAGAGCUGUAGGCCACUUGUGGUGUCCCCAGAUGGAGCUGGCACACAGCUUGCUGCUCAAUGAAGAUGCCCUGGCCCAGAUCACUGAGGCCAAGAGGCCUGUCUUCAUCUUUGAGUGGCUUCGCUUCCUAGACAAAGUACUUGUAGCAGCAAACAAGGUUGAUGUGAAGGAGAAACAGAAGAAAUUGGUGGAGCAGCUGACUGGUCUGAUCAGCAGCGCUCCCGGUCCACCCACCCGCAAGCUUCUGGCCAAGAACCUGGCCACCCUCUACAGCAUUGGAGACACAUUCACUGUCUUCCAAACCCUAGACAAGUGUAAUGACAUCAUCAAGAGCAAAGAUGACACACCAGCCUACCUACCGACUAAACUUGCUGCAGUGGCAUGUGUGGGGGCCUUUUAUGAGAAGAUGGGCAGGAUGCUGGGCAGCUCUUUCCCAGACACCAUCAACAACCUUCUCAAGGCAUUGAAGAGUGCAGAGUCCCAGGGGCGCGGGGAGAUCCUGCUCAGUCUGCAGAAGGUCCUCCACGGAUUGGGUGGGGCCGCUGCCUCCUGUCACAGGGACAUCUACAAGAAUGCCCGCUCCCUACUCACUGACCGCUCCAUGGCUGUCCGCUGUGCUGUGGCCAAGUGCCUGUUGGAGCUGCAAAAUGAGGCUGUGUUCAUGUGGACCACAGAGCUUGAGAAUGUUGCCACUCUGUGCUUUAAGGCACUGGAAGGCUCCAACUACGGUGUGCGGGUUGCCGUGUCCAAGCUGCUGGGUACCGUCAUGGCAACCGCACUGAUGCCCAAGCAGGCAACAGUGAUGCGUCAGAAUGUGAAGCGGGCAACACUAGAGGAGGUGCUGGAGCUGAUGGCUACGGGCUUCCUGCGCGGAGGCUCUGGCUUCCUGAAGAGCGGCGGCGAGAUGCUGAAGGGAGGGGGCUCCGUCAGCAGGGAGGUGCGGGUGGGCGUCACACAGGCAUACGUGGUGUUUGUGACCACGCUUGGCGGCCAGUGGCUCGAGCGCAACUUCGCCACCUUCCUGUCGCACGUGCUGGAGCUGGUGGCGCACCAGCGGGCCACGCAGACGCACGUGGAGGCUGUGUACUCGCGCCGCUGCGUCUCCUUUGCCCUGCGCGCCACCCUGGGCGGGCUGCUGGGCGAGAAGGCCCAGAUCGCCGCUGCCAAGGAGAUCUGCCAGGCCAUCAGCAAGCAGAUGCGGGCAGUGGGUAAGGAGGGAGAUGGUAGUGGUGGGGGGGAGGUGUCCAGGCUCAGAGCACUGCAGAAAGCGGUGGUGAACGACUCCAGCGGGGAGAACAAGGCGGGUGCGGCGGACGUGUCUGCCAGUCAGCAUGUGAUGGUGUGUGCCCUGAAGGAGCUGGGCAGCCUGGUGCAGAGCCUCAGUGCCACCUCCUCACCAAUCAUACAGGAGCCCUCCAUUGGUCUCCUGGAGACGGUUACAUCGGUGCUGCUGCAUCCCAGCAUGGCUGCGCGUCUGGCGGCCGCUUGGUGCCUGCGCUGCGUUGCCGUGGCACUCCCUUAUCAGCUGACGCCGCUGCUGGACCGCUGCGCAGAGCGCAUCAACAACCUGAAGAGCUCGCCCGAGGCUGUCAGUGGCUACAGCUUCGCCAUGGCCGCCCUGCUCGGAGGCGUGCACACGUGUCCCCUCGGCAUUCCCCACUCCAAGGGCAAGAUGGUGGUCAGUAUAGCAGAGGACCUGUUGCGCACUGCGUCCCAGAACAGUCGUCUCUCCCUGCAGCGCACACAGGCUGGCUGGCUGCUGCUGGGGGCCCUCAUGACCUUAGGCCCCUCUGUGGUGAGGUACCACCUGCCCAAGAUGCUGUUGCUGUGGCGGAACGUGUUCCCUCGCUCUCAGAAAGAGCUGGAGGCAGAGAAAGCCCGCGGAGACUCCUUCAGCUGGCAGGUCACCUUGGAAGGGCGUGCUGGUGCACUCUGUGCCAUGCGGAGCUUUGUGGCCCACUGCCCAGAGCUGCUCACCGAGGAUGUGAUCCGGAGACUCAUGACCCCGAUCGAAUGUGCCAUGACCAUGAUGUCACAUGUGCCUGCGGUCAUUAAGGUGCAUGGUGCCCACCUAAAGGCCAGUGCUGCCAUGGUGAGACUAAGGCUGUAUGACAUCCUCGCUCUGCUGCCACCCAAGACCUAUGAAGGCAGCUUUAAUGCUUUACUAAGGGAGCUCGUAGCAGAGUUCACCCUGACGGACAACUCCGCCAACACCACCACCUCCCUGCUGCGCUCCCUCUGUCACUAUGACGACAGCGUGCUCAUGGGCUCCUGGCUUCAAGAGACCGACCACAAAUCCAUCGAGGAUCAGCUGCAGCCCAACAGCGCCUCAGGCAGUGGCGCCCUGGAGCACGACCCCUCCUCCAUCUACCUACGCGUACCUGUGGGCGAGGUCAUCCCUGGGCCCCUCCCUUUGGGCGUGUCCGUCAUUGAUGCCUCAGUGGCCCUGUUUGGUGUGGUCUUCCCUCACGUCUCCUUCAAACACAGGCUGCAGAUGCUGGACCACUUUGCCGAGUGCAUCAAGCAGGCCAAGGGAGUUCGCCAGCAGGCCGUACAGCUCAACAUAUUUACAGCAGUUCUGAGCGCGCUCAAGGGCCUGGCAGAGAACAAGAGCACCUUGGGCCCAGAGGAGGUGCGGAAGUCAGCCCUGGCGCUGGUGAUGGGGGCGCUGGACAACCCUAACCCCAUCCUUCGCUGCGCUGCCGGGGAGGCUCUGGGGAGGAUGGCACAGGUGGUGGGUGAGGCCACCUUCAUCGCCAGGAUGGCACAGGACAGCUUCGAUAAGCUGAAGUCUGCUCGUGACGUGGUGUCGAGGACGGGCCACUCUCUGGCUCUGGGCUGCCUGCACCGGUAUGUGGGUGGCAUCGGCUCGGGGCAGCACCUGAAGACCAGCGUCAGCAUCCUGCUGGCUCUGGCUCAGGACGGCACCUCGCACGAAGUCCAGACGUGGGCCCUGCACUCGCUGGCUCUGAUUGUGGACUCCAGCGGGCCCAUGUACCGGGGCUACGUGGAGCCCACGCUGUCCCUGGUGCUGACCCUGCUCCUGACUGUGCCCCCCUCCCACACCGAGGUGCACCAGUGCCUGGGCCGCUGCCUGGGGGCCCUCAUCACCACCGUUGGCCCCGAGCUGCAGGGUAAUGGAGCCACCAUCUCCACCAUCCGCUCGUCAUGUCUGGUGGGAUGUGCCAUCAUGCAGGACCACUCCGACUCGCUGGUGCAGGCGGCCGCCAUCUCCUGCCUACAGCAGCUGCACAUGUUCGCCCCCCGUCAUGUCAACCUGUCCAGCCUCGUGCCCUGCCUCUGCGUGCACCUGUGCAGCUCUCACCUGCUGCUACGGCGCGCUGCAGUGGCCUGCCUGAGGCAGCUGGUCCAGAGGGAGGCGGCUGAGGUGUGUGAGUACGCCAUGAGCCUGGCCAAGAAGUCCGGGGACCGCAAGGACAGCGGCACCAUCAAUCUGAACAUCACGGAGACGGGUCUGGAGGGGGUUCUGUUCGGCAUGCUGGACCGGGAGACGGACAAGAAGCUCUGCUCGGACAUCCACGACACGCUCGGCCACAUGCUGUCCUCUCUGGCCGUGCAGAAGCUGCCCCACUGGCUCAAGCUGUGCAAGGACGUGCUGGCCGCCACCACAGAUGUAGGAGGGGCUGUUGGCUUCGAGAUGGGGAAGGAGGAAGAAGACUCUGAGAAGAAGGACGAAACGGACGAUGACACCAUGUUUACCUCCCUGGGAGAAGACGACAAGUCCAAGGCCUCCGUCGCCCCCCGCUGGGUGACGCGGGUAUUUGCGGCCGACUGCCUGUGCCGCAUCAUCCACCUGUGCGAGAACGCCGACAAGGCCCACUUCGACCUGGCCACUGCCCGCUCGGCCAAAUCCAAAAACCCCAAAGGUGACCUGCUGGUGCUUCACCUGAAUGAUCUCAUCCGAAUGGCAUUCAUGGCCGCCACAGACAACAGCAACCAGCUGCGCAUGGCCGGCCUGCAGGCCCUGGAGGACAUCAUCAAGAAGUUCGCCUCUGUGCCCGAACCCGAGUUCCCCGGCCACGUCAUCCUGGAGCAGUACCAGGCCAAUGUUGGGGCUGCACUGCGACCUGCCUUUUCCCCUGACACACCGUCUGACAUCACCGCCAAGGCCUGCCAGGUGUGCAGCACCUGGAUUGGCAGUGGCGUGGUCAGUGACCUGAACGACCUGCGGCGCGUGCACAACCUGCUCGUGUCCUCCCUGGAUAAGGUUCAGGCUGGGAAGGGCUCCUCCAGCCAGCUGUACAGUGAGAGCGCCACAACCAUGGAGAAACUGGCCGUACUGAAAGCCUGGGCUGAGGUGUUUGUGGUCGCCAUGAAGAUUAAGAAGGAGGCGGAGUCCCGGCCGGCGCGCCCGUCAAAGAGCGACGAGGUAGAUGAGGAUGAGGACUCGGACGAGGAGACGGGCAUCCUGCCGCCAGACAGCCUGAUCACCCUGGUGCAGCCCGAGCUGCCCGCCCUAAGCCGCCUGUGGCUGGCCGCGCUGAGGGACUAUGCCCUGCUCACGCUGCCCGCAGAGUUUGCCAGCCAGCUCCCACCUGAUGGUGGGGCCUUCUACACUCCAGAGACCAUAGACACAGCCCGCCUGCACUACCGGAACUCCUGGGCCCCCAUCCUGCACGCAGUGGCCCUCUGGCUCCACAGCACCGGGUUUGGAUCUGUCGAGGGCUCGGAGGAGGCCCCCUCUGCCCCUCUCAAAGUCCCCGGGCCUGCCGUUUACCCGCCGCUCGGACAGGGCCCUAACAAGAGCCAGGAGGAACUAGUGAAGGAGCGCAUGCAUCUGCUUCUAGGCAUCAGCAUUGAGUUCCUGUGCUUCCCGCGGCCCGAGGAGCCCAUAGAGCACGUCAUGUCCUGCCUGCAGGCCCUCUGCACCCUGCUGGACUCCCCCUGCGCCCGCCAGCACAUCGCCCAGGACCAGCUGUUGGCAGUGGAGCUGCUGAACGUGCUGCACAGGCUGCUGCUGACGUGCGACCCGCCCAGUGUGCAGCUGCAGGCAACUGCAUUGGUGCAGGAGAUCAUACACGCCGCUCUAGACCACCUGCAGCUCCAGUGCUCCAGCUCCAGUGUGGAGGAGGGAGGGGAGAAGGAGUCGGCCUCGACCCUGGGGGAGGGCAGCGACAGCGGGGAGCUGCUCCCAGGGAAAUCACUGGUGUUUGCCGCCAUGGAGCUGCUGGUGUUCAUUCUGAUGCGCCACCUGCCCCAGCUGAACGCACGCACCAGCGACUCGCCCAGCCACCUGCAGUACCGGCCCCACAGCCUCUCCGAGGACAGCACUCGUCUGGUGGCCGCCACCGUCGCCAUACUGGCCGAGCUGCCCGCCCUCUGCUCUCCAGCAGGAAGCAUGACGAUCCUACCCACCGUGCUGUUCCUGAUCACGGGCGUCCUGAGGGAGACCGCGCUGAAGACUCCGGAUAACUCCGUGCCUGUGCCCGCCUCCGCCGCCCUGCAGGGCAUCAAGACCAUCAUCACAUCCCCGCUGGCGCGAGUAGAGAAGACGCACACACAGUGGACCAGCCUGGUCAGGAGCAGCCUGGCUUCUGUGUUGGAAUAUGCUCAACCUGAUGAGUCUCGGCCCGUCGUGGACGAGGUGAGCAUGCUGACAGCCAUCACCCUCUUCCUGCUGUCAGCCAGCUCAGAGCUGCUGGGCGUCACCGCCCUCCAGAAGGGCUGCAUGGACCGCUUCCGCAAUGCCCUCAACUCCAGCGACCCAUGGGUGCAGGCCCGCUGCUACCAACUGCUGUUGUCAGUGUUCCAGCACUCCAGUCGAGCUCUCUCCACACCUUACAUCCAUGCUCUGGCUCCGCUGCUGGUGGAGAAGCUGAAGGCGGUGGAGCGCAGCAGGCCCAGCACCCCCGCAGAGCUGCAGGCCGUCCAGGAGGGAGUGAAGGUCCUGGAGAACCUGGUGGCCAUGGGAGAGGAACAGAACCGAGUCCAGUUGCUGGCGCUCCUUGUCCCCACCCUGGUGUCAUACCUGCUAGACGAGAACGCCUUCUCCUCAGCUGAUCCGGCCUCCAAAGGGUUGCACGACUUUGCUCUGCAGGACCUGAUGCGCAUCGGCCCGCUGUACCCAGCCGCCUUCAAGACUGUGAUUGGGGCGGCGCCGGAGCUCAAGACCCGCCUGGAGACGGCCAUCCGAGCCAAUCAGGCCAGCAGCAAGGCCAAGGAAGCAGCCAGACUGGCCCAGCCCACAGUGCAGGCCGCACCCACCAUCAAACUCAAGACGAGCUUCUUCUGAAGAGAGAUCUCAUCUUUUCAUUCCCACUAACAUUGCUGUGUUUUACUGUGUUUUCACAUCUUUCGCUGGAUUCUUUGUGUAUGUGUGUGACAGAGAGUGUCUGUAGCCAUUCCUCUGAGCUCCUGAGAGUGCCGCCACCCCGAAAGUGGAAAUAAUAUAUAUGUGUAAAUAUGGAAUAAAGGGCCUUUUUAAUAUUGUGUGUCAGAGGAUAUAUGAAAGCAUUUUAGGGGAGCAUUUUCAUGUGCUUGUGGCAUUGAAUUUGCAAAGGGAUUUUUAUUGUGGAAUCUCAUUUUUCCAGAAUGUUCUUUUUUCCAACCAGAGUCAUUCGGAGCACUGCAUUAUAAAUUGUAAUGAAUAGGACAUUUUUUCAUGAGUGCACAUUUGAAAGCCCUAUAUCAUGAUGAUGUAAUUUUCCUCCUCUCGAUGAAUCACUGACCUGUUAAACUUUAAUUGUCACUGUAUUUUGUUCUAUCCUUGUUAUUUUGUCUUGCUUAUUGGUUUAAAGGCCUCCUUGCUUAUCUGUCCCAUCUAGAUGCCUUAGGUUUGUUUUUUGACAUUCACUCCUGAGUUACUUUUUAAAAGAAAUCAUAUCGCAGGCAAUUUCAGAUAGCUUUGAGUCAAGUAUAGUUAGUCUAACUUUACAUGGAAAGACUUGCCAAUGUUACCGUGAAAAAUAGCUUGAAAGGCUCAUGGAAAAGUCUGUUUACAGUUUUCCAUUUCACUUAUGCGGGUACAUUUUCAUAAGAUUUUAUGUCCACUGGAUGCCUUUGUUCUCACUUAUAUUAUAUAAGGCAGUGAGUGUCAAUGCAGCCGGUUUUAUGCAGACUCUUAAUCUGCAGGAUUAAUUUAAGGUGAAGCUAUCCGUAUAAAGACUGGUGGAGCAUUGCUAAUAUUGUUUAUCAAGUGUGUCAGUGAUCAUGCACCGAAAAGAAAGAGUGAGUUUGCACCUUGUCUUUUGCUUUUCAUUUUUUUUUGUUUGUUUUGCUGUUUAUUGUUUCUUGGACGGUGGACCAGAAUGUAAAAUAAAUGAAUGAACAACUGCACAACCACA